GGGGAUUGCUCUGCUUCAGAAACAAAUAUCGACAUCAGUCAAUCAAUCGAUAAGCCCGUCUUCUAACAUUACUUAGUGACUUAUUACUGCGAAAUCAACAUGAACUCCUAGUAAACAUCGAAAUUUCGAAGAAAUCGGCCAAGGCCAAGAGCGACUAACACCACAAUCACAAUUAAUCUUAACCACUUUUCCUUUCAUUUACAACUCCUUUGAAAGAAUUCAGCGCUUCACUUAUCCAAAUGCGGAAUCUAUGCUCUAAUUUUUCUUUAUAGACUGUACUAACAAACGAAGCAUUCGCGAAAUAAAGGGGUGUCCGGGAGACCAACAAAGAGAUGGAAUGAAUACAAAAUCUUGAUUCACAACGACUUAUGAAGAAUGUGCUUUAGGAUAUGACAACUUGGCAUAGAUCCAGUGAAGGCUGUUUAUUUACGAGCCAAACAUAUUUCAUAUACCAAUUGAAAGAUAAUUUCCACACAAAAUGGGGGCAAAAAAACCACCAGGGGUACCAGGCUCAUUCUUCGGUCCGGGAGGGCCCCAAGCUCAAAUACCUGGACCGCUUUCCGCGGCAGAUCAAGCAGCGGCAGAUAAAGCAGCGACAGACAAAGAAGCGGCAGAUCUACUAGCGGCAGAUCUACUAGCGGCAGAUCUACUAGCGGCGGGUAAUGCAGUUGGAAAUCAAGCAGCGGCAGUUCAAGCAGCUGAGAAUCUUCUGGCGCUUCCAGGGCCGGAAGAUGAGCCACAAGGAUAUGGAGGAGAUGAGGCAAAUCAGAAGCCAUCAGGACCAUGGGAAGAUGCGCCACCACUUGAAGAAGAUGCAGCUGCAUCUGCUGCCAGAGUUGCCCCUGUUGAUAUCCAAUUUAAUAAUGUAGUCAGGGCAAACUUAUUACCGUUGAUGGCUUCGGGAAUUCAUCCAGUAUCAACAUCUGGCGGAGGUCAUCUCUGUGGUCUUCAUGCUCUGAUUUACAGUUAUAAUGCACUUCGAGAUCUUUCGGCUCCCGAGGGCACACCUGUCCCCCUGGCAGAUAAUCCAACUGCCAAAGACUUGCAAUUGUAUAGGUCGGGUCCACAAUUUUAUCAGGAUGUUAUCGAAUUUCUCAGGCCUCAGAAUAUUCUUGUAUUUGCAGAUAGCGAAGGGGAGCCACUUAGCGAAGAGCAGGUUAUGAGACAGGUUACAGGGAUAGUACCAAAUAUGGUCGACAAUUAUGAUGUCAAUGUCCUCCACUCACUUCUCAUACAUUUGAACAGAACGUACGGAACAAACUAUACUCAGGGGCAUAUCACACAUGGCUACAAUGUUCGAUGGGAUCCCAUUAAUAAGGUAUGGGAUAUAGGGUACAGGGUACCAACAUCAGCCCAGGAUUUUGGAGUGGGGCUGCGCCCAAUAAUGUGGCUCUAUAAUGACAAUUGGGAAAGUGAGUCGGGCUCACUUCAUCGGAUGCAGAAAGUCGAACAUUUGAGCCACUGGAUGGGAUUCUCAACAUUGCAUAGGGACUUAGAUCAAGGCUUAAUUGCUGAAGCAAAUUCGUGGUUUGGAGAUGAUAUAGAUGAAUAUUUGAAUGAACCAGUCUGGAUUGUUACAGCUGACGUUGAAGGAUAUCAUGUCGACCUUGAAGACCAUCAAGAUCCCAGGGAGCUCAGAUUAUACUCUGGGUGCUUCGUUAGAGAGCCAACGGUAGCUCCGGAUGAAGAUGCACCCGACGGUUACAUGUGGGUGCAAAGAACCCCAUUUUUUGUGGUUGAUGUUGAAACCCCCGGGGCAAUCGGAAUUGCACCACUGAAGAGUUUGAAAAUGAUUGUGAAGAACGCUCUCAGGAAAGCACACGAUGCUGCUGGAGCAACAGCUGCCAAUAUAAUCAAGAGAACUGGCGUCAUAGUAGAUGACAAGGGUCCAUGGCAAGAUUUCUUAGUUCACCGUACCAUUGAGCCGACCACGAAGAUCAAUGCAAGAUACGCUAAUCCAAAUGACCCAGCAAAGAAGUUUGUGGGAGGCUUCCAAUUCGAGGAUGGCGAAUUUCUAUUAGACACACAAGAGUCGCUCAAGAAUUUGUACCCUCGGAUGAUAAGAAUAGACGGAACAAGAGGAAGAGUCAAACCUCGCAAUCUUCAGUUUUUGGAAAGAGCAUGGAAGCUCCCAGAGAGAAUUCCUAUUGCAGCCUCAGGUACCCAAAAAACACCAAGCACUUCGAUGCCGCCUGGUAAACAAAAUCUCUUAGGUACCUCCAAUAAAUCAGAUCCCAAAUACAAGUAUAGACCAACUAUGAAAGUGGAAGACUUUAAAAUAACAGACCUAAGAAAUCACUGCAAAGCUCGAGGCAUGGUCGCAAAAGAUUAUGGGAGAACAAAGGUCGGUAUGUUAGCAAAGCUUGUGGAGCAUGAUCAAAAGGCAGAUAAGGUGGUUAAACCUUCGGGGAAUCAAGUGGGUAAACCGGCUGAGUCUGGUAACUUUCUACCUAUGAGACGUGUCCUAGUAGAUAUUGCAAAAGAGGCUGGUCCGCCUAAGAUGCCCCCUUUUUUUGCAACAGAAAUAGUGAUGGAGUUAGGUAAAGGCGACAUCAACAAUCCUGCAACUUGGAUAAUCGAUUAUGAAGGUCGGAUUGGCAGGGUUCCUGAUGAUAAUCUUGAGCCAUUAGAUCGAGCCUGGGGGGUUGAACUUGAUCCAGUUAGGUGGAUUCAUUCAUUGGCUGAAAUGAGAAAGAACUUGGGCUAUGACAAGCCCCCCAAGCCUGCAAAAAACCCUCCCGAUCCUUCAAACAACCCUUCCGAUCCUGCAAAAAACCCUCCCGAUCCUGUAAGUAAGCCUGUUGGUAAGAAGGCUAAAGUGGUUUCUGCCAAUCCUCCAGAUCCGAACUCUCAGGCUUCAAGUCCCCCGGCUGGAAACGCGACGGGUAAAAAAAGACCCGCUAGUUCGUCUGCAGAGCAGCCUGCAAAGAAAAAGAAGCAGAAGAAGAAGAAGAAGAAGUGAGCGGCAGCAGCAACCAACACAACCAAUAAUCAUCUGUGGCUUCUGCUAUUGGUGCCAACUCGAUUUCUAUAGCCACUCCAUAAACACACUCCGGUGAAGUGUUCGGGUUCUUUCUUCAAUAAAUAAAUCACAAGGUAGCACUGGGAAGCGAAUGUGCGUUGACAAAUAGGAAAGCUUUCUUGGGAGGGAAUUUGAGAAUUGUUGUUGUUAUGUAUUGACAUGGUGGAAAUUUUUGAAAUGAUGAAGUUUUUUCUCUCGUAUUCACAACUUAAAUUUGCCAUGCAACUUCGUAUGAGAUUUGAUAAUCAGAAAGGAUUGAAAUAACAGUGGAAACGCGUACGACCGACGAUGAGAAGGAGGCCGAUCGAUGAACUGUUA